AUGAGCAUCCAGGCUAUAAAACCCUGGAACGUUCUUACUACCGAGCCAGGGCUCACCAUUGACGACAUCCUCUCUCUCACCCCGAAGUUCUGGCAAUCGCAUAUGGACCCAAUAAUCAUCCGAGAUACUGUGGCUCACGUUCUUUUCUCAAUUCAAUUUAACCUUGUUGCCGGUACAAUUGCCCCUUAUGUGAUGAAGAGGCCGGAUCUGAGACCUGUGAUGGAGAAAAUUCUGAACUUCGAUGUUUCUGCUUGCUUCAUGCUUAACGAGGUUGGCCAUGGCUGUGAUGCGAAAAACCUCGAAACCACAGCGACAUUGCAGUCCGAUGGUAGUUUUAUUCUCCACACCCCGACACCCGGAGCAGCAAAAUUUAUGCCACCCUCAAUGCCCAUAGCAGGCAUUCCUCGAAUUGCUGUUGUAUUCGCACGUCUCAUGGUUGGAGGAGACGAUAGAGGGAUCCGCCCUUUUAUAGUUUCACUUGGAGACGGGAGGAAGAUGUGCAAAGGUGUAACAUCAACAUUACUCCCUCCCAUCGCCUGUGGACGGACUCUCGACCACUCCAUCACUUCGUUCAACCAAGUCCGCCUCCAACCAACAGCCAUGCUAGGCAGUCCCAGAAAGCCUGCCAACAUGCGAAUUCAAUUUUUGAUAGCGAUUAACCGUCUAGGAUUUGGAACAUUGGCUCUAAGCUUAGCAACAAUCCCUGGCCUGAAAUGUGCCGCGCUCAUAGUGGGAAAGUACAGUUUCCGUCGAAUGAUAUGUGAUGUUCAAGGAUCUCCGAAGCCGAUUGCCUCCUUCCGUACCCAGCAGCUGCCCAUCUUGCAUGCCCUGGCAGAGAGUGCGGUUAUGGAAGCGUUUGCGAACUGGAUCACGGCAGAAUUCAGUGAUACUUCAGUUGACUUUGCUGUCCGACAUGGGUUUGCGGUUAUCUUCAAGGGAGCUGUUAUGCAACACACCCAGAAAAGCCUUUCAAACCUUCUUGAGCGGUGUGGCGCUCAAGGCGUGUUUGUUCAUAAUCAACUGGUGGAAAUGGAGGCUCAAAACCGAUGCAAUGGUAUCGCAGAAGGGGAAAUUCUCGUUCUUUGCAUUCGACUGGCCACGGAAAUUCUCCUCGGUCGAUACGAAAUCCCCAAAGCCAUCAAUCCAAAUUCGUUAAUAGCAAAGCAUGAGGAAGGCUACAUUGCAGAACUAUUGAAGCUCCAGGCGGGUAUCCAUGAAGGCCACAGAAGCGAAGCCUACAACAAUCACAUGCUCCCUCAUUGUCGGCCCAUGAUCCUAGCGAUAGGACAUCGCAUGGCAUACGAGGCUGCGGUCAAUGCUGGAGUUGAUUCUGAUUUGCUUGCUCUAUACGAAGCCGGUGUAGUCAAGACCGACUCUAGUUGGUACGUUGAGAAUAUGGGACUCAAGCGGGCAGAUCAAUUUGAAAUGGAACGCAAGGCAGCCGAUGCUCUUGUGCCGCGGAUGGGCGAGCUUUUGGACAGCCUGGAUACGUUGGAUCCUUAUCUUGCGGCUCCAAUCCUUUCCGCAGAGAGAUGGGAGACGUUCGUUGCUGACUGCGAGACUAUUGAGGGAGAUGCGUCCUUUGAGAUUUUCGAGGGGAGAGAUGUGCGCCCCAAUCUUUGA